UCUAGCAUCGCGACCGCGGAGUCGCACAUCAGUUUGCCACUCGGCAGUCGCGAGCGGAGUCGCGUUUCGUGUGCGUGUGCGCGACGAAUUGCGGGGGAGUGCGCCGACCCAACAACACACAAUCAUCAGCUGAGCGAACAAAACGCAGUGCGACUUUCUUAUCAAAAUCGACGAGCUGCAUCUGUGUCUGUCGCAGUCUAGCUUAGAGUUCGUUUCGAGUUUUAAGCAGUUGGUGGCAGUUGAUCAAUCUUUUGAUACAUUUAUAUUCAUAACAAAGAAAUAAUUUUCAUCAGGGAUGCUGAUUGGAGUGCGUAACAAAGAAAAACCAACAAUUUUCUCAAUUAAAAAUGAAAGCAUUCACUUUCGAAACGUUUUCGAGGUAUUAACCGUUUAAUUUUGGGUUAACACGUGCGGAACAAGUGAAUAAAUAAAAUGGUUUCGCGCGAGUGUGGUGGAGGCGGCGGUAGUGCAUCGUCCACGUCGGGCAGAGCACUCUACACGAAGAAUAAAAACGUGAAACGCGCUGUGGAUGGCCUCGUUGGGAGCGGCAAGAAAAAACGCCCGGACUCACAGCAAGUGGAACUUCUCAAUGUUGAGUCGCGGCCACGCAGUCUCGUCGCCCCCAGCAACGGAGAAAUUCACAUUGGAUUCAGGAAGUUGUCGUAUUCUGUCAGGGAGGGAAUUUUUCGAAAUAGAAGACGAAGAUUAUUAAAAGAUAUAAAUGGAGAUUUUCACGCCGGGGAACUCACAGCAAUCAUGGGACCAUCCGGAUCCGGAAAAUCUACUUUAAUGAAUAUCCUUGCAGGUUAUAUCAAUCGCGAAGUCAAAGGCAAACUGUUUGUGAAUGAUAUCGAGCGCGAAGAAGAUGGCUUCCGGAAGAAAUCCUGCUAUAUCAUGCAGGAUGAUAAUUUGCAACCGCUGCUGACUGUGAUGGAGGCGAUGUAUGUCGCCGCUAAUCUUAAUUUAAGUGCUGCUGUUCAAACCAAAGAUAAACGUAAAAGAAUAGUUGAAAUACUGGAAGCUUUAGGCCUGUGGGAUUGUCGUAAAGUAAAAACCAAAAACCUAUCUGGAGGCCAACGUAAAAGGCUCUCCAUUGCGUUAGAAUUACUUAAAAAUCCUCAGGUGAUGUUCUUCGAUGAACCAACCAGUGGUUUAGACAGUUCCACCACCAAACAAUGCGUCAGUUUACUAAAACAACUUGCACAAGAAGGCAAGACAGUGAUUUGUACAAUCCACCAACCAAGUGCUUCAGUUUUCGAAAUGUUUGAUCAUCUCUAUGCCAUAUCCGACGGGCGAUGCAUUUAUCAAGGCUCCAUCAAAGGUUUGAUACCAUAUCUUGAAGAAUGUGGACUGCAAUGUCCAUCUUAUCACAAUCCAGCCGAUUACCUGCUUGAGGUAGCAAACGGUGAGUAUGGCUCACACACGGAACACUUGAUGGGAAAAUCUGAGAAUGGUUUAUGCACGGAUUGGAGGAAGAAUCAGCGAGAUACAAUGCAGAUUCAAUCACUAGAACAUGUUGAAAAAAUGGUGCAAAGCGGGCUUUUGACACCAGUAAAAGUGCCAUCUUCAAAUGUCUUUCGAUUUUCAUGGUACAACACAGCAACACAGGACGCUGCGAGUGUGGGGGCACCUCCACCACCGGAAAUUCCAACUUCACAUUGCGAUAACAACUAUUCAACGUCAUUCUUUUACCAACUCUAUGUGUUACUUAAGAGGACAUUCCUUGUGCUCGGUCGCGAGAAAUAUUUGCAUCUUCUAGCGGAUCACUUCACUCGGCAUGCUUUCACAAUUCAAUACUGA